GCCUGCCUGAGCUGCAACAUCAGCAACAUGUGGUUGCUCUUGCCGAUUUUACUCUACUCGGUGAUCUUCCUCUCAGUUCGUCACAUUUACAGCCAUUGGCGACGCAAGGGAUUCCCAUCGGAGCGAGCGGGUCUCUCAUGGCAUUUUCUACAUCAGGCCUAUCGACGUGAAUUCCGGCACGUGGAGGCCAUAUGCGAGGCAUAUCAGGCCGGCCGUGAGCGUCUUCUUGGCAUUUAUUGCUUCUUUCGGCCUGUCCUGCUCAUACGCAAUGUGGAGUUGGCUCAGACUAUAUUGCAGCAAUCGAAUGGCCACUUCAACGAAUUGAAAUGGGACUAUGUGAAAGGUUAUAAACGUUUCAAUUUACUUGAAAAAUUGUCACCAAUAUUCAGCUCAAAGCGCUUAAAUGAAAUGUUUGGUAAGGCCGAAAAAGUGGGUGAUGGCAUGGUAAGACAUUUGCUGCAAAACAUUAAGUUGAGUGAGUCUAAUGGUACGGGUAGAGAUUUGGAAUUGGAUCUACAGCAAUUACUGAGAGUUUAUGCCAUCAAUAUUAUUGGAAGUUUGGUCUAUGGUUUGGAUGUAAACAACUUUGAGCAACAAGAUCAUAUACUAAGCAGCUAUGUAAACCAUUAUAGAGUCUCCAGUAGCAUGCAAUCAUUCACGCUAGGUCGUUUGCCAAAAAAAUCUUCAUUCACCUAUCGUUUGCGUGAUUUAAUCAAGCAAAAUGUUGAACUUCGUGAAGAUGGAGGUCUUAUACGUAAGGAUAUCUUACAAUUGUUGGUUAAAUUUCGUAAUGGCAAUGAUCUGAGUGGCGACAAAUGGCAAGUGGAGCAUACUUAUGAACAAGACAAAGUGUUGUCAAUCAAACGUUUAGCCAAAGUAGCUGAAGAUCUAUUGAAAAUCUCAUUGGAUACUAUUGCCUCGACUACGACCCUUACGCUUUUUGAAAUUUCGCAAGAACCUCUAAUAGUUGAGAAACUGUUAGCUGAAAUCAAGGAAUUGAGCAGCAAUGAAGAUGGCCACUUGAAAUUUGAAGAAUUCGAUGGCCUUAAAUAUAUGGACAUGUGCCUGAAGGAAACUAUACGCAAAUAUCCUCCAUUGCCCAUUAUUGAACGUAUUUGUCGCAAGACUUAUACCUUGCCUAAUACAAAAUUUACCAUUUCUGAGGGCAAGACUCUAAUGGUUCCCUUGUUGGCCAUACAAAGAGAUGAGAAGUAUUUCAGUGAUCCGAUGAAAUAUAAGCCAAUGCGUUUUCUACAUAGUCAAAUGCGAGAUAAUGACACAGAUUCCUGCCAGGAUAUCAGGAAACACGAUGCUUUUCUGGGCUAUGGCAUAGGUGGUGCUCAGUGCGUGGCUCAAAACUUUGCUAAAAUGGUCAUCAAAAUUGCUUUGAUAAAACUACUGAAAAACUUUCAUAUACAAUUGGAUUCAACAUUAGCUGAAUCAGUGGAAAUUAAUCAUCAACCUGCUCCAUUCAUACAAACAAAAGAUGGCCUUAAAGUGAAAUUAAAAUCACGUAAAAUUAAGUCAUAAGUUUAGACAUUUAAUUUUAAGUUGCACAAAUA